AUGUCUGCCGUGGUCCUCCGGGCCUGGACACCAAUUCCAACGCGCACGCACCUCUGGCACACAGUCAAGGAUGCUCCGAGCCGCAGAGACAGCAGCGUGACCCUCUCCAUCGACGUGACACCGCAGCAGCUCCACCGGACCUCCACCCAGACCAGUCUAUGGUCUCCACCCAGACCAGAGCCGGGGCCAGAGUUUGAUCCAGUGCGGGGAACCCCCCUCCCCCCCACCCGGAGACCCGCAGAUCCACGUCACGUCAUGGAUGACUCGGGGAUAAUCCGGCGCCGGAGGCUGCAGAAGGAUUUGCCACUGCCUCGCAAGAACAGCAGUUGUCGUGCGAGCAACAGGAAAAGCCUGAUCCUGACCACUACCUCUCCCACGCUGCCUCGCCCUCACUCCCCGCUGCCGCUCCCUGGACACCUCGGAAGCAGCCCCCUGGACAGCCCCCGGAACUUCUCCCCCAGCAACCCGGCUCACUUCUCCUUCGCCUCCUCCAGAAGAGCGGACGGACGCCGAUGGUCUUUGGCAUCCCUGCCGUCUUCUGGAUAUGGCACCAACACUCCCAGCUCAACGUCCUCCAGCUCGUCGCAGGAGCGGCUGCACCAGCUGCCCUCCCAGCCCACCAUGGACGAGCUGCACUUCUUAUCCAAACACUUUGGCAGCACGGAGAGCAUCACGGACGACGACGGGGGCCGCUGCUCCCCCCACAUGCGGCUGCGCUCCCGCAGUCUCAGCCCCGGACGCUCGUCCUCCUGCUACGACAACGAGAUAGUCAUGAUGAACCAUGUGUACAAAGAGCGCUUUCCAAAGGCCACAGCUCAGAUGGAGGGGAGGCUGGCCGAGUUCAUCCACGCUUUCUCUCCCGAGAGCGUCCUGCCGCUGGCUGACGGGGUCCUCAGCUUCAUCCACCAUCAGAUAGCCGAGCUGUCCAGAGACUGCCUGACCAAAGCCCGCGAGGGCCUCAUCACCUCCGUUUACUUCUUUGAGCUGCAGCAGAAUCUGGAGAAGCUCUUGAAUGACGCCUUUGAGCGUUCAGAGAGCACCGAGGUCGCCUUCGUCACAGAGCUGGUGAAGAAGCUCCUCAUCAUCAUCUCACGACCGGCCCGACUUCUGGAGUGUCUGGAGUUUAACCCGGAGGAGUUCUACCACCUGCUGGAGGCGGCGGAGGACCACGCCAAGGAGGGUCACCUGAUGAAAACAGACAUUCCUCGAUACAUCAUCUGCCAGCUGGGACUGACCAGAGACCCCAUUGAAGAGAUGGUAAACCUCGAUAGUUACGACAGCGAGGAAGUAACGCCGGAGACAGACGACUCAACAGAGGGAAAGAUCAGAGCAGUGAAACCACCGGAGGAAGCCGACUUCCAGACCAUCAAGCUGAUCAGUAACGGAGCGUACGGCGCCGUUUACCUGGUGCGUCACCUGGAGACGCGGCAGCGCUUCGCCAUGAAGAAGAUCAACAAGCAGAACCUGAUCCUGAGGAACCAGAUCCAGCAGGCCUUCGUGGAGAGGGACAUCCUCACUUUCGCAGAGAAUCCCUUUGUCGUCUCCAUGUUCUGCUCGUUCGAAACCCGCCGACACCUCUGCAUGGUCAUGGAGUACGUGGAAGGAGGAGACUGUGCCACUCUGCUGAAGAACAUCGGAGCUCUGCCCGUGGAGAUGGCGCGCAUGUACUUCGCAGAAACCGUCCUCGCGUUGGAGUACUUACACAACUAUGGCAUCGUGCACCGUGACCUCAAGCCUGACAACCUCUUGAUCACCUCCAUGGGACACAUCAAGCUGACGGACUUCGGACUGUCCAAGAUGGGACUGAUGAGUCUCACCACCAACUUGUAUGAAGGACACAUAGAGAAGGAUACCCGGGAGUUCCUGGAUAAACAGGUGUGUGGAACCCCCGAGUACAUCGCCCCUGAGGUUAUUCUGCGUCAGGGCUAUGGGAAGCCGGUGGACUGGUGGGCUAUGGGUAUCAUCCUGUACGAGUUCCUGGUGGGCAUGGUGCCGUUCUUCGGAGACACCACAGAGGAGCUGUUCGGACAAGUCAUCACAGACGACAUCGUUUGGCCUGAGGGCGACGAGGCUCUCCCGCUCGACGCCCAGCACCUGAUCUCCUCGCUCCUGCAGACGAAUCCACUGGUUCGACUGGGAACAGGAGGCACGUUUGAAGUGAAGCAACACUCCUUCUUCACGGAGGUGGACUGGAACAGCCUGCUCAGACAGAAGGCCGAGUUCAUCCCUCAUCUGGAGUCCGAGGAAGACACCAGUUAUUUUGACACUCGCUCUGAGCGCUACCACCACGUCCAAUCCUACGACGAAGACGAUACCAACGACGAUGAGCCCGUGGAGAUCCACCGCUUCUCCUCCUGCUCCCCCCGCUUCAGCAAGGUCUAUAGCAGCAUGGAGCAUCUGUCCCAGCUGGAGCACAAACCCCAUGGUGUGACUCUACGGGAGCACAAGGUCCCCAGGGAGGAGCGGAUGGCCAAGAGAGAAAGUCUGGGCAGCGUCACGCUCCGGGACAAGAGCUGGAGGACUGGAUCACCUGAGAUGAAGCGUUUGUCCUGCUCUGAAUCCUCCUUCACUGAGAGCGACUCCAGUCCUCCGUCCGGGACUCGGAGACGUUUCUCUGCCCUCAUGGAUGCUCACCGCUUGCCCUCCCCUCUGGAGCUGGACUCAGAGCUGCUGGUCUCCUGCCGGCAGUCCACAGUGAAGGCGAGGGGAACGUCCUUUGAAGGAGCCAUGGGGACCAUCUCCUCUCAAGGCGAUCUGAGAGCCUACCUGAAGGACGGCAACGGGCUCACAGCUGGAGGUAGGAUCUUGAGACCUGCUGACGCAUCGUUGUCUCUUCCAGGCAGCACUGCUGUUCUGGGGCUCCCGGACGCACAGGGGCCCCGGGGGGCCGCCACUGACCUGGUUCUGCGGAGAGUUCGCCACCACCAGCUCUCGGCCGAGGGAGAUAAACGAAACUCACUGCCAGGAACCAAAGUUAUCAAGUCUGCCUCUGCUACGGCUCUGUCUGUCAUCAUUCCUGCAGUGGAGCAGCACGUGGCGUCCCCUCUGGCGAGCCCCAUGUCUCCUCGCUCCCUCUCGUCCAACCCCUCUUCCCGGGACUCCUCCCCCAGCAGAGACUACUCUCCGAUGGUCAACGUCCAACAUUCUCCGAUCACCAUCCAUCGCUCGGGGAAGAAGUACGGCUUCACGCUCCGAGCCAUCCGGGUUUACAUGGGAGACAGUGACGUCUACAGCGUGCAUCACAUGGUCUGGCAUGUGGAGGACGGAGGUCCGGCCCAGGACUCUGGACUCCGUGCUGGGGACCUGAUCACUCAUGUGAACGGGGAGUCAGUUCACGGUCUGGUUCACACCGAGGUGGUGGAGCUCAUCCUCAAGAGUGGAAAUAAAGUGACGGUUACCACGACUCCCUUUGAGAACACCUCGAUAAAAGUAGGUCCCGCCCGCAAGACCAGCUAUAAAUCCAAGAUGGCGCGGCGCAGCAAGCGGACCGGGGCCAAGGAGGGACCGGAAAAGAAGCGCAACUCCCUGUUCAGGAAAAUCACCAAGCAGUCCAACCUGCUCCACACCAGCCGGAGCCUGUCCUCCUUGAACCGCUCGCUGUCGUCUGGAGACAGUCUCCCGGGCUCACCCACCCACAGCCUGUCCGCCCGCUCGCCCACGCAGACCUACCGCUCCACCCUGGAAUCCUCUUACCCGGCUAACUCCUCCCAGAGCAGCUCCCCAGCGUCCAGCACGCCCAACUCCCCGGCCGCCUCCCACCACAUGAGGCCCAGCUCGCUGCACGGCCUGAGUCCCAAGCUCCACCGCCAGUACCGCUCCGCACGCUGCAAAUCCGCUGGCAACAUCCCUCUUUCCCCUCUGGCCCACACUCCCUCCCCGACCACCUCCUCCCCUCCUCCUCUCUCCGGCCACACGGUCGGGAGCUCCAACACCACGCAGACGUUCCCAGUCAAGCUGCACUCCUCGCCUCCCGUCGCCCGCCCUCGUCCCAAGAGCGCCGAGCCGCCCAGGUCCCCUCUGCUACAGCGGGUGCAGUCGUCAGAGAAGCUCGGAGCUCCGAUGCAGCCUUCCUCCUCCUCGUCAUCCUCGUCGCCUUCUCCUCUGACGGGCGGGGUGUCGUUACGCAAGCACAGCCUGGAGGUUACGCACGGGGACUACAGGAGAGAGUCUUUCCACUGUGAGCAUAGUCUUCAGAGUCUGUUGGAGAUGGAGGGAGAGAACGGACCUGCUCCACCUUCCCCUUCAUCAUCCUCCUCCCCUUCUCCUCCCAUGGGAGGGGAGAUCGGAUGCCUGAAGCCGGGGAGGAGGCUGGGGAGACAGGAGUCACCGCUCAGCCGGGACACACUGUUCACAGCCAGAGAUAAAGACACUCAAACCACAGCAACUCAGACCAUCACUAAAGCUGAGUCCAAAACCAAUGUUGUCGACGCCAGUAAAACUCUGUCAGCUGCUGCGGUUCUGAAGAGUAACGUCAGUGCAGCUGCUGCGGAGACCAAGUCUCGUCCAGCUCCGGUUCCAUCCGCUGCAGAGACCAAACCGGGCCCUGGGGACAAACCUCCACAUACAAGUGCUUCAGCUUCAAUGGGACCAGUGUCCAAGAGUAAACUCAGCGAGAAAAUCUCCACUCCGGGAACAUUAAAGAGUUUACAACAGCAAGUGAGCAAGCAGCAGACAGACGCUGGAGCUGGAGCCAAAGCUCAGGAGAAGGCUGAGGAGAAAGUGAAGGCUGAAAAACUUCCCGUGCAGAGAGUCUCGUCUUCAGAGCCGUCGAAGACACGCAAAGGCUCCGAGACGGGAGAGAGAGGAGGCGUCAGCGGCUACGAUAAAGCAACUGAGACGACUAAGGUCAAAGGUCCUGCACCCCCUGUUCCCACUUCAGCUCCAACCCACCCUCCAGCUCAUGUGCCGGCUGCUGCCAGAUCCAAAGCAGAGAAGCUAUCGAGCCGCUACUGUGGCGCAAAGGAGGAGAGGGCACACCUGGAGGUCCUGGAGGAGAACCCCAUGUCGCCCUCCUCUAACGCAGCCUCACCCUGCUCCAGCAAGUCUCGCCCCAUGUCUCCGGGGGACAAAGCCAGCUUCGUCACCCAGUUGACGAGCGUGGCCAAGACAGUGCUCGGGCCCAUAAAGGGGGGAUCGCUGGAGGGAGCCAAGACCCGAGACGCCUCCAAGCCGGGCGAGGAGAAGCGUGGAAACACGGCAGGAAGAGCCGAGGCCGUGACCGGGGGAGGACGCCGUGGAGCUCAGGCGGGAUCCUCCACCGGCGCCGGCUCGGUCCAGUCCGAUCGAGGAGCCAGUCGGAGCUCCAAGCAUCACUCGUGA